CACCGCUGGCUCUCUCGAAAUCCCGAUCCAAGCAGAUCAUGAUCGCUUUCCAUUAAACGCAACUUCGUUACUUUCUUCCAUCAAACCGCCGCCACGCACCCUCCUAGGGUUCCAGUGAUCCUUGAUCUCUCUUCAAAUCGCUUACCGUUCGACUCUCUUUACUGGAUUUCACACAUUUCAAAGCUUCCGCAAUUCCUAGGGUUUAUGCGUUCUUCCUAGUCUUCCCAAUUUUCUUUCUCAGAUAUUUGGUCAGAAUGAUUAAUUACACAAGUUGAAGCUUGUUGGGAAUCAGAUUUAUAAAAUAUGUGGCACAAGAAACAACAGAAUGUUGGUUUACCAGGUCAGGUGAGGCAUCCUGAAAGGAUUGAGGGCGUUCAUCUGGAGAACAAAAUUCUCCUAGCUCAAUCAGGAAGUUCUGAUACAAAUUUUCUGUCUGAGUCAUCAAGGAAAAGGAAAUCAGAAGCUUUGGAUCAACAAGGCAUUGUUUCUGAAUCAGUUCUCAAGUAUAACUUUUUUGGAGAGUCAAAUUUGCAGCACAAGGCUGGUUCACUUUUUGGGAUGAAUGUACAAAGUAAUGCUUCUGUGUUGUUUUCUCCCCAGUCCACAGAACCAAUCAGGCAUCAAUCUGAGAAACGUCACUUUCAUGGCCAGAAUGAUCUUGCAGUAACUCGGCAGGUUAAAAAUGUGAAUGAUCAUAAACCUGGUAUUGAGAAAAUAAGCAGUUAUUCUGUAAGUGUACCACCUCAGUCUUCCUGUCAAAAAGUUCCUUCAACCUUGAUUGAGAUGUUGAAUGGGGAGAUCCUGAAGGUACCAAAUUGGCAAUCCCAAGCACGUUCAUUUCUGAAUUCAUGCAACACAACCACAGAAAAGGCAGCAGUUAAUCCUGGUCUUCAAGAUUUAACAGGUUUUUUUGGGCACAGGGAUCAUGUCAUCACAAACUAUUCUCCGAUGGAAUCGUACAAUUCACCAUCUGAAAGUUUGAGGCCCUCAGUACUAAUGCAGCAGAGUCUUGUUAAACCUGAUGGGUUUUCUGUUGAUGGGAAGUCAUCCUCUUACAAAUCCAGUAGGUUAAUAUCUAGUGAUUUGGAGCAAAGACAGCAUAGUUCAAACACACAGGGGCCUAGUGAUCUUAUAAAUGUUGGAUCAGCCUUUAUUGGGGCUUCUACAUGCACGAGAUUUGAACAAAAUGAAAAUUGUAGAUUAUUGCAAAAUGAAGUUCAACCAUGCAGUGCUGCCAAAGGUAAUGAUGUUGGGAGAGAAGGUCAAGAUCAUGGAGAUGGAAUGAUCAAAAUUAUGAAGAAAACAGAAGGAUCUGAUAUUGAGAACCCAAAGAAUUUGUUGACAGAGAGAACUUCAGCCAAAAAUGAUAGUUUGGGUAAUGCAGUUAUUAGACCAUGUCAGAGAAAUGACCAUUGUUAUGGUUCUAUUAGAUUAGAUGAAAAAAGUAAACCUCUUGCUGGAAAAGUAGCUCAAACAGUUGCUGAGAAGCUCUGGGAUGGAUCCCUUCAACUAAACUCCGCUGUAACUGUGACUACAGUUGCCUUCUUCAAAAGCGGUGAGAAGAUUCCUGAUGUCAACUGGUCUGAAUUUGUAGAAGUUAAAGGAAAAGUAAAACUGGAGGCUUUCGAAAAAUAUAUUAAAGAUCUUCCUCGCUCACGCAACCGAGGAUUGAUGGUUGUCUCACUUCACUGGAAAGAAGGAUCUUCUGCUAGUGGACUUGCAGGCAUGAAACAGGUUGCAAAAGGGUAUAAAGAAAGGGAGAGGGUUGGGUUUGCACAUCUCUCACCGGGUACUGAUAUUUAUGUCUGUCCUCGCAGUGAUGCCAUAAUCACAAUACUUGCAAAAUAUGGUUUCUUCAAGGGCAUGGCAGCUGUUGAAGACAAUCAAGACUCAUUGAUUGGUUGUGUUGUCUGGCGGAGAAACCAAAUACCUUUGAAUUCUGUUGUAAAAAAUUCUGAGGGAAAGAAAUGCUCCUUGUCAGAGAGGCCUCUGAAUUCUCCUGAUUCUUCUACCCAACCUUCUGAAUGUUCUUCACAAGUUGCAGAAAAAAAAUUGUCCCUUCCACAACCAGCUCAAGCUCCACCUGCAUUAGUAACAGGCAGAACCACUCUUCAGAGUUCAGGAGACAAUGAUACCAAGGGCAAGAUUACCAAAUCUACUGAAGUCCAACUUGAAGUGGGGAAUUCUCAAACUGGGGCUGAUUCAUUGCCAAAACCUUUAGUUCCAAGCAAAUCCUCAUCCACUUCAGGGGUACUUCAAACAUCCUCACAUCCCGAUUCUGCCUCUCACCAGGACCCCAUGGAACGGCUCUUGGAUGUUGAAGAUCCUCUUGUGCACAGCUCAGAACCAGAGAAACUGGAAAAGAGUUCAGAACUUCAGAAGCCUGUCCAGCCUCUCCCACCUGGUGCAAUGAAGCAACCUUUGCCUACUGAUGAUGAUGAUCUUCCUGAAUUUGACUUUAGAACUGCAUGUGGGGCUCCUCAAACUCCAACAGGCAAGUCUUUUGAUGCUAUGGCACUUGAAAGGAGGCUUCCGCCUGAAGGAUUUAGGAAAAUGGAUGUGUCAGUUCCACUAGUCAUACCAAAUUUGCAAUCAAUGCCAAUUCUCAACCAGAAGAGCUCUGAAAAUCGUAGUUUUCCAAGGCUUCAAACUGAUGCAGAUCAGGGCAUGCCUCUACCAAAGAAUGUCUGUCAUCGUGACUUCCAAAUCCCAGUCCAGCCCAUUUUGGGAGAGAGGUACAGUGUCCAAGGCAGAGCUACAUUGUCACCUGCUAAUGCUACUACAAUUACUUCAUCAAAGAAUCGUUUUGACAGCGAUGAUGAUGAUGAUGAUGAUAUGCCAGAAUGGUACCCCCCUAAUCUACAGGUUCACAAGCAGCCAGUCGCCGAAACAACUCAGCCAUCAACUACUGCUUUCCCCUCUAUGGUACCAAACUCCAGAUUUGAAAAUUUACCCCCAUCUCUGCCGAGGCCUACACUCUUCUCUCCAAUCACUGCUAGUAGUCACCUGCCAUUUCCUUCCCAAUCUCAUCCUCGUGCAUUUCAUGGCCCCAUAGCUACAACUCUGAAUCCAGCACAGCCAGGACCUGUUAAUGGAUACAUACAGAGAGGUCCAAAUCCUAUGAGGGGAUUCAAUUCUAGCCCAGCUUUAAGACCUCCGACCAACCCACAUGUCAAACUUCCUAUCCAUCCUACCGAUAAGAGGGGUUGGAAGCCAUGAACGAAUGGAGAGCAGGGAGCUAGUUGGUUGAGACCUCAAACCAGUUUGUGAACUUGGGGAUUUAGAAUCUUCCUUGGGAUGGAGAUAGACGUUUGAAGAAAUGUAAUUUUAAAAAAGAAAUCCAAUCUGUAAAUAAGUAGCGUUUGGAGGACCUUGUGUAAGGAAGUCAGUUUUGAAUUAGUGUGGUCAGUUUGUUUCUACUUUUAGUCUUCAUGUUUUUAGUAGUAUACAACACUACAAAGGUGAAUCAAAUUCUCAUCAUCCUUGUUCACCUUA